AUGGCCUCUCGCAAAGGGGUGAAACGUGCACGAUCUCCAGAACCAGCCUCUUUCACAGAAUCAAAGAAACUCAGAAACGCAAUUAACAACCAAACCCAGGUCGCAAUGGAAAUCACUGAGAAAUUGCUUCUGACCGAAGGAAAGGAACAGAACAUGGUUUACUCGCCACUGUCCAUUCACGUGGUUCUAAGCAUGAUCGCUGCUGGCACAAAGGGUCUGACAAAGGACCAGUUGCUCUCCUUUCUCAAGUCCAAGUCCAUCAACGAGCUUAACGACCUCGCCUCCAAUGUUGCUCCACUGGUCUUUGCCGAUGGAUCCCCAAGAGGUGGGCCUUGCUUGUCAUUCGCCAAUGGCGUUUGGGUGGAACAGUCUUGCCCAGUCAAGCCUUCUUUCAAAGAUGUAGUUGACGCUGCUUACAAGGCGGCCUUGAAACUAGUAGAUUUUAAGACUGAUUACGAACAGGUGCGAUGCGAACUGAAUUCAUGGGCAGAGAAGGAGACCAAAGGGCUUAUCAAAAAUAUUUUUCCUCCGGGGUCAGUUAACAGCGAAACAAUGCUACUCCUUGCAAAUGCCUUAUACUUCAAAGGAGCUUGGGAGAAGAAGCUCUCGGAAACAAGAACAGAAAAGUAUGAUUUCCAUCUUCAUAGUGGGAGCUCAGUUAAGGCAACAUUUGUGACCAGUCGAGAGGAUCAGUUUGUAAGCGUCUUCAACAACUUCAAAAUCUUAAAGCUUCCUUAUAAACAAGGUCAAGAUUACAAGCGACGCUUUUCGAUGUACGUGUUUCUUCCAAAUGCAAGAGAUGGGUUGCCAGCUUUGGUUAAGAAAGCUUGUACGAAGUCUGGGUUUAUAGAUCAAUAUAUUCCCAAACAUAGAGUUCAUCUCGGUUUCUUUUUACUCCCAAAGUUUAAGAUCUCUUCUAAAUUUGACUGCACCACAAUUCUGAAAACUCUAGGAUUGAAGUUGCCUUUUGUUCCUAGAGGUUUGACAGAAAUGGUGGAAGGCGAGGACCCAUUUAUUAACACGAUACUCCAAAAAUCCUGCAUUGAAGUUAAUAUAGACGGCACAGAAGCUGCUACUGUUACUGCCGGUCGACUUGCUACUGUUGGAGCAGGCAGGGGACCAACCAAACCUCCUCCGAUUACGUUUGUGGCAGAUCAUCCAUUCCUUUUUCUUAUCAGAGAAGAAGUAACUGGAACCGUAUUAUUCGUUGGGCAUGUCCUCAAUCCUAAUGAAGAAAACUAA